AUGGCAGAUUCGGGCGGUGGUGGUGUAGGUGGCUCUCUGCUAAGGCAGAUGUCGACGAUCCGACACCGGCAAAGUCGGGUAGGCUCUACCAUCAAUGAAUCCACUGGGAGCACAGCGCAUUCUCCCCAUGCAUUGCUCCCCAGUGCAUCCAUUCGAAGACCCUCCCAAGUCCACCGUUUUCAUGGAGAAAUUGAAUUCACUGGAUUAAAUCAAACCGCAAGAUUCGCCAAGUUGUCGCCAUGCAUAUCGGACAGUGCAAUCAGGGACCUUUUGCAGCGCCGAUGGGGUCUGAAGCCACCCACUCUCAUCAUAACCGUCUAUGGAACGGAUUUUGAGAAAAAGCGAAAACUCAAAAUGAUUUUCAAAAAGGGCCUCUGGAAAGCUGCCGACAGCGGAUGUUGGAUAGUGACUGGAGGAUUCCAACUAGGAAUCAUGAAACUGGCCGGUGAGGCUGUGAGGGAUUAUACGGAUGCAUACGGUGGCAAUAGAAUGCUUGCCUUCGGUAUUUCCAGUUGGGGUUGCGUCAAGAAGAACGACAUUUUGGAAGCUGCUCUUGAAGAGGGCACAGCAGUCUACCAAUCAGAGGAGGACAAGGAUUCAGACGCAGAGCAAAGUUCGACCACCGAGACUGCCACUGCGAAUGCAGCUACUGUGAGUAGCAUGCAGAAGCGCACGGACGUGGAGGAGCUGGCGCUUGACCCCAACCAUAACUACUUCAUUUUUGCGGAGACUGCAAAGACCGACCACACUAAAGGUCGUGAAGCCGGAAUGCGGGCUCGUUUCGAGCGUUGUAUCUCGCUCUGGAGUACCUCUACACCCGAAGUGGAGCCUCCGCCUUCCGCAGCGCGUCUUUCACAAAGCGGCGGGGUGAGUAAAACCACCACCGGAACGCCUACUGAGCAUGAGGAGGAUUAUGCCACAACGCUCAAACGCAAAUCUACGCUGAGACGCCAGACUAGUGAGAAGAUAGGGGGCAGGUCGCUCUCUCGUUCUAGUUCAAAGUUCAAGAGCGGUGGUAGCGGCGGUGCAGGCGAUGGUAGUGCAGGCGGCGGCGGCGGCGGUGGUGGUGGUGGGAAUAAUGCUUCAGGAGAGGAUGUUCGAAUUCCCAUGUGUGGUCUCGUCAUUGGUGGAGACAGAUUUACUCUGCGACAAGUCUACUGUUCAAUCAUGCAAAAUCAGUGUCCCAUGGUGGUGGCAAAAGGCACGUCUGGUGCUGCGGACGUUAUUGCCUUUGGACUGGAGGCAGCCACGAAAAUGGAGACAGAGGAAAUUCUAGAAGACAAGGAGGCAAUUUCUCUAGAGACGAGAUUGGGGUCUGUGAUGGAACAAUUCCUGCGGGAAAUGCAUCCUGACUACUAUAAUUUUGCAGAGGAAGUCUCUAUGCUGGCGGAAAUAAUAACUGAUUACGUCUCCCUUGUGCUCGUCUUUGACAUGGAAGAGGAUUCCGAUCUCGAUGGUUACAUGAUAUCUUCCCUUUUGGCAAGCGCCGGUACUUCAACUCCACCGGACCAGCUUAACUUGGAACAAUUGGAGAUAACUCUGACACUGAAUCGAGCCGACAUAGCCAGAGAGAAGAUUUUUCUUGAAAACAAACGAUGGAAGAAAGGCCAGCUUAACGACUACAUGUAUCAGGCCCUGAUGGGCGACCGGCACGACUUUGUGAAAAUCUUUCUUGAGCAGGGUUUUAGUUUGGAGGAAUUCCUUACUGUUUACAUGCUUGAAAGGCUCUACACAGACCAGCUCAAGAACAUGAGCUCAAAAGUGGCUAUAUUCAACAAAAUGUGGGAGUAUCACCGUUCUCAUCGGGGGUCAGUGACGCGAUAA